UUAUUUAGAAAAACAGCACUGACUAAGUGAAGCUACGUGAUAUUUAUUCAAGCCUUCUAAAGAAAGCAGAUUAGAAACAAUUAUUUAGCUUCUGCUUGUUGUUGGAUCUGUCGUCUGCUUGCAAAUCGAAUCGAAAUCGGCAUCAAACCAAAACCAAACACAACGGUUAACACUGAAAGUUGAUAAGUUAUCUAAGUUUAUUGUGCCAAAACGUUGUCAAUAUUGAAAACAUGCAAUGUUUUUAGAUAUAGAUUUUUUGAGUCAUCAUUAAUUCUUCAUAAUCAUGGCUUCAGCAUCAAGUACCAGUGCUAGGUCUCUCUUUGGAGAAUCUAAAUCAAGAUUGGCGGAUAGAGUCCAAGUGAAUGUCAAUAACAUUGCCUCAUUAGCAAGACAAAUCCAACGUGGCUCAAAAUCUAAUGAGAUUAUGAUGCAGAGUACACGUUCAUUAGCACUACAGGAGCAUGCUAUAGAAAACACUGAAAAUAACAUUAAGAAACUGCAACUGAUUGUUUCACACCUGUCGUCGCAGCAGGAGUCGAUCGCUCGUAGUUGUUCACUCAUAGAAGAGGUGAAGGAGCAAGCCCAAGCAAUGCAGCGGUAGCCCCUGUGAAUAGAGUUACAGUAGUUGGACGAACUCUGAGGGAAUAAAGAUUUAUGUCAGCAUAACAGUCUUAAAACUCUAGUGCAAGAAACACAAAACAAUUAACACAAAAAUUGUUUACUGACAACAAUUUCAACCAAGCUAGUUUGCUUGGUUGCAUUUAUUGGUUGAAAAUGCUGUUCCUGCGACACUCUUUGAGCAGAUUAUAUUAUGAUUACACUUUCACGGUAGAGAGUUUAAUAUCUACGUAUUAUUAUCAUAUUGUACAGUCUAAUUAAUGACAUUGCAUUAUUCAAUAAACUAUUUUAAGUAAAUUAA